CUCCAGCGCCGGGGCUGGAGUUGCUGAGUAGCCGGGCCGCCGGGGUCCAUGUAGCCGCUGGCCCCGCGCGGACUGCGGCUCGGCGCGCGCGUGUUCCCCGCCGUCCCGGCCCGGCGAGCUCCCUCAUGUUGCAGCCCUGCGGCGCCCCUUCGACGACAGGCUGUGCGCGAUCUGCACGGCGCCCGGCGGCGGAGCUUCAUGUGGGGCUGCGGCCCGCGCAGCCGGCGCCUCGCUGAGGGAACGGACCCCCGGUAACCGGAGACCGCCUCCCUCCCACCCCCGGCGCCAAAGGAUAUCGUAUGUUCAGGUCCAAACGCUCGGGGCUGGUGCGGCGACUUUGGCGAAGUCGUGUGGUCCCCGACCGGGAGGAAGGCGGCGGCGGCGGCGGCGGCGGCGUCGACGACGAGGAUGGGAGCUUGGGCAGCCGAGCUGAGCCGGCCCCGCGGGCACGAGAAGGCGGAGGCUGCGGCCGCUCCGAAGUCCGCCCGGUAGCCCCGCGGCGGCCCCGGGACGCGGUGGGACAGCGAGGCGCCCAGGGCGCGGGGAGGCGCCGGCGCGCAGGGGGCCCCCCGAGGCCCAUGUCGGAGCCGGGGGCCGGCGCCGGGGGCUCCCCGCUGGACGUGGCGGGGCCGGGAGGCCCGGGCUGGCUGCCCGAAAGUGACUGCGAGACGGUGACUUGCUGUCUCUUCUCGGAGCGGGACGCCGCGGGCGCGCCGCGGGACGCCGGCGACCCCCUGGCCGGGGCGGUCCUGGAGGCGGCGGGCGGCGGGCGGAGUCGCGAAGCCCGCUCGCGGCUGCUGCUGCUCGAGCAGGAACUCAAGACGGUCACGUACUCGCUGCUGAAGCGGCUCAAGGAGCGCUCGCUGGACACGCUGCUGGAGGCGGUGGAGUCCCGCGGCGGCGUGCCGGGCGGCUGCGUGCUGGUGCCGCGCGCCGACCUCCGCCUGGGCGGCCAGCCCGCGCCGCCGCAGCUGCUGCUCGGCCGCCUCUUCCGCUGGCCCGACCUGCAGCACGCCGUGGAGCUGAAGCCCCUGUGCGGCUGCCACAGCUUCGCCGCCGCCGCCGACGGUCCCACCGUGUGCUGCAACCCCUACCACUUCAGCCGGCUCUGCGGGCCAGAAUCACCACCACCCCCCUAUUCUCGGCUGUCUCCUCGCGACGAGUACAAGCCACUGGAUCUAUCUGAUUCCACAUUGUCUUACACUGAAAUGGAGGCCACCAACUCCCUCAUCACCGCCCCGGGUGAAUUCUCAGACGCCAGCAUGUCUCCGGAUGCCACCAAGCCGAGCCACUGGUGUAGCGUGGCCUACUGGGAGCACCGGACACGUGUGGGCCGCCUCUACGCGGUGUACGACCAGGCCGUGAGCAUCUUCUACGACCUACCUCAGGGCAGCGGCUUCUGCCUGGGCCAGCUCAACCUGGAGCAGCGCAGCGAGUCGGUGCGGCGCACGCGCAGCAAGAUCGGCUUCGGCAUCGUGCUCAGCAAGGAGCCCGACGGUGUGUGGGCCUACAACCGCGGCGAGCACCCCAUCUUCGUCAACUCGCCCACGCUGGACGCGCCCGGCGGCCGCGCCCUCGUCGUGCGCAAGGUGCCGCCCGGCUACUCCAUCAAGGUGUUCGACUUCGAGCGCUCGGGCCUGCUCCAGCACGGGCCCGAGCCCGACGCCGCCGACGGCCCCUACGACCCCAACAGCGUCCGCAUCAGCUUCGCCAAGGGCUGGGGGCCCUGCUACUCACGGCAGUUCAUCACCUCCUGCCCCUGCUGGCUCGAGGUCCUCCUCAACACCCACAGAUAGCGGCCCGCCGCGACCUGCCCCAGCGCCCAGAGACACAGCCCCCCACGGACGACACCCCCCCAAAUAUCA